AUGAUCGGAUUACCCGAUUUAUCUCUUGAUGAAUCACUUGAUAGUACAACUUCGAAUACUGAUCGUUCAUUUUCAAUCAUUUCUUCAUCUCUUGGUCAAUACUCAUCGAGUCAUGUUAAAUAUAAUCCAUCAAAUAUAAAAAUAUUGUUAAAAGAACAACCAGAAAAAUACGUGCUUGUCGACAAUGAGAAAGUGAAUCAUGCAAAACCAUCUCCCUGUUGGAAUCGAUUUGCUCUUCCUGUUGUAAAAAAUGAAAAUAAUCGUCAUAUUGUUAUUAAAAAUUUUGCAACGUGUCGAUCUUGUUAUGCACUUUAUGUAUUUACAUAUGGAUCAACCAAAUCACUAAAUUCUCACAAAUAUGUCAAAGAAUCAUCAUCAAUAUUUACAUCACCUAGUACUAAAUCACCAUCCUUGAAUUCGAAAAUAAAUCGAUUUUCUUCUGAAAAGAAAAAGACAUUAACAUCGUUAAUUGCACUAUGGAUAUGUCAAAGUAUCCGUCCUAUCAGCAUUGUUGAAGAUGAAGGUUUUUUAAAUAUUAUCCAACAAUGUCUUAGCUGGAAUGGUGGUCCAUUUAAUAAUAUAAAUGGUAAUGAUAUAUUACCAUCAAGAUCGACAAUUACGAGAGAAAUUAAUCAACAAGCAAAUGAUAUUCGUGAACAUCUAGGUGUUAUUUUGAGAAAAGCGGCUAAACAAGAAUGUUUAGCUGUAAGUCCAGAUUUAUGGAGUGACAAAUUCAAACAAAACAGCUCUCUUGGACUAACUGCUCAUUUUGUUGAUGAUCAGCAUAUUUUACAUUUUAUUGAUCUUUGUUGUGAACCAUAUAAUGAAAUAGAUAAAACAGCAGGGAACUCAAUUACGGCUGCUCUUUCUCGUUUUGGACUUGAUCAGUUAAUGGAUAAAAUAACUUUUGUUUGUGAUCGUGGUAGUAAUCUGAUAAAAGCAUUAGAAGAUUAUCAAGUGAAUCAAAAUAAUGAUCAAUUCAAUUGGAAUAAUUCAAAUGAUGAUGAUAAUGACUGUCUUAAGUAUUAUGAUGAUAGGGAUUCGAGUGAAAGUGAAACAGAUGAUAAUAUUGUUCUUGAUGAAAAAUCUGUUGAAUUAGCUUUGAGAAGUUUAUCAUCAUCACCUGAAUGUGAUCAUGUUAAUGUUAAUUGGCAUCCUAAGCUGGAAGCAUUAAAAAAGCCAACGAUCAAACAAGCAAUAAUUGUUCAGUGGCUCACAAUGUCACAAUUGCUCGAAAGUAUUCUGUCUUCAUAUUCAGCUUUAACAAGUAUUGCAAGUGUUGUCUUUUUUAAAAGACGUGCACGACAAUUAUUAAAAGCAAUGUUCUCUUUGCACGAUCUACAUUGGAUCGCUGCAAUACUCAAUCCACAUACAAGAAUGCUCAAACAUGCUACUGAUGUUGAACGUGCACAUGCAUAUUGUCUAGUGCGAGCUAGAGUAGCUAAACUUAUGAAAAUGACACAGAUUGAUAAUAAUGAAGAAGUAUUAUCUCCAGCAACUGUUAGUCCAACAUCACCUCCUCGCAAAAAGUUGAAGUCCUACACAACACAAUUUCAUGAUGACACAGAUUUAGGUGAAACAAGUAGUAAUAUGAUAAUUGCAAAACGUGCUCGUCGUGAAUUAGAAAUCUAUUUACAACUGAAUUUAACUAAUUGUAAAUGUUUAAAUGAUGAUAUUAACAAUCCAUUGUUGUUUUGGAAAGAACAAGAACAUGUACUACUCAAUAUGUCACGAUUAGCAAAACAAAUUUUUUCUAUUCGUGCCUCUUUAGCUACAGUAGAACGUGCAUUCAGUUCAGCUGGUAUUGUCGUAUCACAGAGAAGAACCAAUAUUAAUCCAUCUACAGUUAAUGAUAUUAUACUUAUUCGAUCGACUGCAGCCUAUUUGGAGACCCACAAAUAG